CCUGGGCAUAUUAAUAUCUUUGCCAUUUAAACGUUCAUCAAUUCAUACAAGAUGUCCAAUUCUACAGUCUUGGUCACGAUUCAUGCACCUACUGUACCAAUCGUUUCUGAAAGGAGAUUACCAGCAGAUACCGCCUUGCUUGCGAUCAAAGGUCGUUUAGAACUCUUAUGUGGUGUUCCACCAGAAGCACAAAAGCUUUCCGUUUGGAGCUCGCGAACAGAUGAUAAGGAUAGUAGACCUUCCCUGGUUUUACAUUUGGACAACAGUCAUGCUUCAAAGACGCUAGAAGAGCUAGGCGUUAAAGAUGGAAUGGGAAUCUUGUUGGAAGAUCAACGCAGUACAUCAGAAAGGGAUCAAUUCGGAGCGGAAGAAGAGGAAAAGGUGCAAAAGUACGAAAUGGAUGAUGAAACGUAUGCACAAAGAUCGGAUACCGUAAUGGCAUACAAGCAAAGAAUGAAAAUGGGUCGCUUUGGCGAUACACAAUCAGUCUCUUCUUCCGAUGCAGGUCAAUUACCUGAGCAAUAUAAAGUAGAUGCUCGAUGUGAGGUGGAAGGAAGUAGGAGAGGAACGAUUCGAUAUGUUGGGGAAACAGAAUUUGCAAAAGGUAUCUGGAUAGGCGUAGAAUAUGAUGAACCUGUAGGAAAGAAUGACGGAAGUGUGGCAGGAAAGAGGUACUUUACCUGUACUCCUAAAUUUGGCGGUUUUGUCAAAGCUGAAAAGGUGAACGUAGGCGAUUUUCCCGUUCGAUCGAUCGAAGAUGAAUUGGAAGAUGACGAGGAGAUGUAAUAUUAUGCGACCAUCAAUGAUACCCUUUCUUCAUGCUACCAACACAAUCUUUCCAUUUGCAUGGGAUUUCUAUAUCCUGUUGAAUCGAUGAGAAAAAACGAACUUGUAGGAGUGCGGGAGGCAAAGUCUUUUCAAAAGGUGCGAAAGGGGGGAC